AUGCCAGAACUUGUGGACGACGAACCCCGGACUCCACCCGCGGUUCCCAACCCCGUCUUCAGCCACAGCGCCUGGCUGUCGGCCCCGACACGCCACGGCAAAAGGUGGCGCGCCGACUGGAGACGCCCUCACUCGACGACCGUCCGGCAGCUGACUUACAUGGACGACACCGUCACGUGGAUUCACCAGCCCACAGCGGACUCCGAGGAGGACGAGCCGACUCCGGCAGAUGCGGAACCCCUGUGCUGCUCGCCCGUCACCAUGCCGAAAGAUCCACCAGACGAACCAGACCGGGGAAUCAUCCUAACCUCUCCCCAGGCCAUGCGCCGGUUUUUCAACACCAUGGCACAACAGGGUGACUACAGCGACGAAUACGCCACGGCGCAGAUCGACACCUACACGCAGGCCCAUCGCCGCUUCAACGUCGACGAGUUCCUUCACCCUGUCCCAACCAGCCUGCUGGAGAAAAUACCCCCGGAGUUUCGCGCCAGCGUCCUUUUGGCGGAGGCGGAAAGCGAAGCCAUCUCCCCCGACCCGGACAGCGGGCAGCGCGAUCACGCUGACUGGGACAACAACCCCUUUGGACUCCACCUCCCGGCGGUCCAGCUAGCAACAGAGUGCGCUCAGGUGGAAGCCCAGUCCCUGCCCCGACUCCCCGACGCAGAACAGAUCGACACCGGUGACAUCAAGCCCAUCAAAAAGGGCAGCCGUGCCCACAGCCCCUUUGAGAAGGAGGAGAUUGACAGGCAGCUCAAACCAAUGGAGGACUACAACGUCGUACGCCCCUCGAGCAGCCCCUUUGCGGCCCCGGUAGUGCUCGCCAGGAAGAAGAACGGCAAGUGGCGUUUCUGCGUCGACUACAGGGACAUCAACGCCGCGACCAUACCCAACAGCUACCCUCUACCGCGGAUUGAGUCGAUCUUCUCCAAGCUGGGCCCCGCGAAGCAAUUCACCUCGCUCGACGCACAGUCUGGCUAUUGGCAGAUACGCAUGCACCCAGACGACAUCCCAAAGACGGCGUUCCUAACCCACCGCGGUCUGUUCGAGUUUCUGCGCAUGCCCUUUGGGCUGACAGGGGCCUCGGGGACCUACCAGAUGGCGAUGGACCAGACGCUGAAGGAGGAGAUCAACGGACCUAACCCCGUGGUGACGCAGUAUCUUGACGACACGCUGCUUUACACGGAGCACUUUGACGACCACUUGUUGGCGUUAGACAGAAUCCUCACCAAGCUCGAAGCCAUCAACCUCAAGCUCUGCCCCUCGAAGUGUCAAUUCGGCGCUGACGAGACGGAGCACUUAGGGCACCUCAUCCGGCACAACCAGCUCCUGCCAACCCGGAGAAGGAUUUUUAUCCCCCGCUUUGCGGCGCUCGCCAAACCCCUGCACGACCUCACCAAAAUCGGAGUCCCUUACAUCUGGGGCGAUGACCAGGAGCGGGCCUUCUACUUGAUGAAGCAGGCGCUGAUGGACGCGCGGGCGCUCACCCGGCCGGACUACACCAAACCGUUCCUGUUGGACACCGACUUCAGCAAACUCGGCAUCGGAGCUACUUUAAGUCAGCUCGACGACGAGGGCAAGGAGUGCCCCGUCGCGUUCGCUUCCAGGGCGCUACACGGCGGAGAGGUCAACUACUCCGUCACGGACGGGGAGCUGCUAGCGAUGGUCUGGGCGAUCACCGACAAGUUCCGCUCCCACCUGUACGGCGGACCAACGUUUACCGUACGAGUCGACCAUAAUCCGCUGGUCUGGCUGCAUCAGCUGACCAACCUCACAGGACGGCUCGCCCGCUGGCAUUGUAAGCUGCUGGAGUUCAACUUCAAGGUCAUCUACCGCCCCGGCCGGCUGCACUCCAACGUCGACCCCCUCUCCAGGAACCCCGUCGAAACCCUUCCCUGGGCCUCCAACGAAGACCCCGACGAACUCCCCAGCUACGCGGCUCCGGACUUCGAGUACCCACCCACCCACCCUCAUGUCCGGAUUUUGCAGGUCGCUUGGGACGGCGACUUCUGCGAGGGAUGGAGUUUGAACCACUUGAGCUCUUUACCCCGGUACCCGACAGGGACAAAGAAACGGAGAUGGAACUCGAAGCCCCGGACGUGA